CCCCUCCUUCCUCCUCCCAAUCUCCUCGCCGCCGCCACCUCCUCCCCGUCCUCUCCCACCCACCGCCGACCUCGUCGUCCUCCUCACCCACCGACGCCAACCUCGUCCUUCCCCUUCUCUCCCACGCACCACGGCUGCCAAACCUAGCCCUCUCCCUCCCUUAGAUCUCAGUCCGCUGCUGCCCCAACCCAAUCCCUACCCCCACGUAGCCCAACCCAAUCCGCCGCCGUACUCUUCUCCAGUCACACCGGCGACCUCCAACCUCAUCGCCAGCAGCCCAUCCCCUCUUCUCCUAGAUCCACUCGGGCUACUCAUGUCGUGGCCAGAUCCGGCAGGAACUCCCUCCCUCCCACCUCGCUCCGCAUCCCGAUCCAUACGCACACACAGACAGAGCUUUGGGAGCUCCUGCUCGGCUGCUCACGGCCACGGUCCAUGGACGUCGCGGACAUGCGGGGGGUGCUGCUGUACCGGGCCGGGCUGGUCACGGCCGCCGCGUCCGUCCUGGUGGCCACCUCGAGGGCGUUCCUGCCCGAGGCGAACACUGUCGGCGACGCCGUCCGGCAGGGCGCCAACCUCUUCUACGCCGUCGGGGCCGAGGGGGCUCACUUCCCCCUCCACGCGUAGUUCACCGUCCUCAGCCACGUGCUCUCGGCGCGCUCCAAGCUUGCAGCCAGAAUCACCGAAGAGCCAACGAUCCAGGACAUCGACAAGCUUAACGGUGACAACCAGCUCGCCGUCGUCGACUACAUCGAGGAUAUCUACAAAUUCUAGAAAGUCACCGAGAAUGAGUGUCGGGCCAGGGACUACAUGGACUCCCAGGUGGAGAUCAACGCCAAGAUGUGGGGCAUCCUCAUCGACUGGAUCCUGGAAGUGCACCAGAAGUUCGACAUGAUGCCCGAGUCGCUGUAUCUCACGGUGUAUAUCAUCGACAUGUACCUGUCGCUGCAGUCCGUGCUCCGGUGGGAGCUGCAGCUGGUGGGCGUCUCCGCCCUACUCAUCGCCUGCAAGUACGAGGAGAUUUGGGCUCAUGAGGUGAAUGAUUUCAUCUUGAUCUCCGACAGCGCAUACACCCGGGAGCAGAUUCUGAUGAUGGAGAAGGCCAUCCUGAACAUGCUGGAGUGGAACCUGACGGUGCCCACGCCCUACGUCUUCCUCGUCCGUUUCACCAUGGCCGCAUGCUCCUCCUCCGAUCAGAAGCACGAUAAGGAGUGCAAACACGGAUCAAUUGCUGCUAUAAACCCAACAAUUCGGAGGAGGAAUGCACGAGAAGCGAGUCCCCCAGCGAUGCCAAGACCUGAUGAAGCCAUGAUGCUUACCUCGCUGGAGCGUAUCAACCCUGGCCAUGGUACCAUAUUCUUAGUCAUGAGGUCACUGUGCUACAACCGCAACAACAAUAUCUUCUCCAGUUAGAUAAGUCUUUGGUCUAUCCCAUUUUUUUCUGUUACUUGGUUUUGAGAUGCUUAUUUUGGGACAAAGGGAGUAUUAUUGUGUCGAUUCCCUAUGUGAUACAGAAGCUAUGGUAUUUUGUUUUGAGUUUGUUGUAAUUGAUAAUGAUUCGUAUAAAAUUAGUGUAGAACAUAUGUCCUGUUAUCUUAAGUCAUUUGUGCAUGCUCAAUGAACCAUCUGAGAUUGAAUCAUUUUUUGCGUUCAACAUCUAGAACCAUUCUGUCCGUGUUGGUAUCAUUUUUUGCUUUCUUGUCGCUUGUGUUGUGUGGUCCUUGUGGUUGUUACUGUUACAUGUUACAUGUACAUAUGCUUCAUGAUUCGGUCCCUAGAUGCUUUGUAUGUUUGUUUUUAUUCUGUUCUAACUCCUUUUGUUUAUUGUUAGAUGCCUUUGUUCAGCCUCUACAAACAAGAGCUCCAACCUGAAAGUGAAGAAAGCGGAAGUAUACUUGUAGAGCCUUUGUUCUAGUACUUUCCUGCUUACAUUACUGUUGCCAUUGCAUUUGUUUGGUUCUGACCAGUAGCAGUACACUAAUGCUGGAAGUCUUUGUGUUCACUCUUUUAUAGGAGCGCCAAGACAAAUUUGAAGUGCAAAGCCAUGAAGCCAAGUGCGAAGCUGUGAUGCCAGAGAUUUGUUUGUUCUGUUCGACUGUAAUAGGCUGUAGAGAUUGUGACAUUGUAAUAGAUUUAGUGUUAUUUGAUAAAUUAUGUUUGUUUUGUUUUGUUUGAAAUAGUGAUUUAAGAAAUUAUCAAAUGGAAACCUGAUUAGUGGGAUCCACUUACCAACAUAAUCUGAGUGAUGUUGAAUUAUCUCACGUGUGGGACCAAUAUAUGAGAUUAUGAUUUUUUGAGCAGUA